ACCCUCCUGGCUGGACUGUUCUUGCUGGUGUUCUUUUCUAUAAAUACGGACAUAGCAUCUCUUCUCUCUCCCCUCUCAGCUCACCUCACCUCACACUUCUCUCUGACUCAUAACUCUUUCUUUUCUCUCUUUCUUCUUUCUCUUCGCUGCCAUUUCCACCACUUGUAGGGUUUAUCUAUCUCUCUAUUUCUCAACGCUCUCACUGUCUAUAACAAUAUUAUUCAUCAUAGCGAUUGAUGAUGGACGCUUAUGCCUUCCACCUCGCUCUUGCCGCUCUCGUCGGAGCUUCGGCGGUAGCUGUCUCUGCCUACUUCAUGCACCGCAAGACCCUCUCCCAGCUCCUUGAGUUUGCGCGCGCCGUCGACGAUGACGCCGGUGAUACCGGCGGUGACGGAGAUUUGACGAACCAUGCAAGGAAGCAUGUCAAUGGUGGCGGCGGUGGAGUCCGCGCCAGGAGGAGGGGGAGAGGUUACUACCGGCGAGGGUUGUCGCUGCCGGAUGUCGGAGCGAUCUCCGGCGGUGGCGGGAUGGACGGUGAGGAUAAGUGGAACGGACUGCCUCCAGUCGAUGGGAUUCCGGCAGGAUUGCCGCGGCUGCAAUCGCUCCGGGAAGCAAAAUCCAUGCAUCCUGGUACCCCAAAGAGAAAUAUUUUAAGACCAAUUUCUCCCAAGUCACCUGUUGCAAGUGCCAGCGCCUUUGAAAGUGUAGAAGGAUCAGAUGAUGAUGAUAUUGCCGCUGACAAUGCUGCAAUGGAUACAACAUAUCUGCAUACAAAUGGAAAUGUUGGUACAGAAGUUAAAAACCCAUACGAGACUUUACCUGAUAAUGUUAAUGCUAAUGGAGAGAAGAUGCAAAUAGCUGCCACAACACCAAGUAUGAUCCGUUCUCAUAGUAUGUCCGGUGACCUGCAUGGUGUUCCACCUGAUCCAAUUGCAGCGGACAUUCUCAGGAAAGAGCCAGAGCAAGAAACUUUUGUUCGACUUAAAGUUUCUCCCAUUGGUAUGAAUAUUUCCUGAGAGGCUCCAUCACCUGAUGAAGUGGAAGUCUAUGUGGUUCUUCAAGAGUGCCUUGAAAUGAGAAAAAGAUAUGUUUUUAAAGAAGCGGUUGCUCCAUGGGACAAAGAAGUUAUAUCUGACCCCAGUACUCCAAAGCCUAACCCACAGCCAUUCUUUUAUGCACCUGAAGGAAAGUCUGAUCACUACUUUGAAAUGCAAGAUGGGGUUAUUCAUGUAUAUCCAAAUAAAGACUCAACAGAAGAGCUUUAUCCUGUUGCAGAUGCAACUACUUUUUUCACCGACCUCCAUCAUAUACUUCGAGUCAUAGCAAUAGGGAAUAUACGAACUUUAUGUCAUCACCGGCUUAAUCUUCUAGAACAAAAAUUCAAUCUGCAUUUGAUGCUAAAUGCGGAUAGGGAAUUUCUUGCCCAAAAAAGUGCUCCACAUCGAGACUUCUACAAUGUCAGGAAAGUUGAUACACAUGUCCAUCACUCAGCCUGCAUGAAUCAGAAACAUCUUUUAAGGUUUAUAAAAUCAAAACUGAGGAAAGAGCCCGAUGAGGUUGUAAUAUUUCGAGAUGGGACAUAUCUCACAUUGAAAGAAGUUUUCGAGAGUCUGGAUUUGACUGGAUAUGAUCUCAAUGUUGACCUUUUGGACGUUCAUGCAGACAAGAGCACAUUUCAUCGCUUUGACAAAUUUAAUCUUAAAUACAAUCCUUGUGGGCAAAGUAGGCUGAGGGAGAUAUUCCCACAAUCUCAAAAUUGUGUCAAACUUUUUUGUCGUUUCCUUGGUGAGGUGACAAAGCAAGUGUUUGCUGAUCUUGCGGCCAGUAAAUAUCAGAUGGCAGAGUACAGAAUAUCAAUAUAUGGGAGGAAACAAAGUGAGUGGGACCAACUAGCAAGUUGGAUAGUCAAUAAUGAACUGUAUAGCGAGAAUGUUGUUUGGCUGAUCCAGCUUCCAAGGUUGUACAACGUGUACAAAGAGAUGGGAAUUGUGACCUCAUUCCAGAACAUCCUUGACAAUAUCUUUAUUCCACUUUUUGAGGUUACUGUGGACCCUGAUUCGCAUCCUCAACUGCAUGUUUUCUUGAAACAGGUUGUUGGGUUGGAUUUAGUGGAUGAUGAAAGCAAACCUGAAAGACGGCCAACAAAACACAUGCCUACACCUGCUCAAUGGACUAACGUAUUCAAUCCAGCAUUUUCAUACUAUGCCUAUUACUGUUAUGCCAAUCUUUACACCUUAAACAAGCUACGUGAGUCAAAGGGAAUGACAACCAUUAAAUUCCGUCCACAUUCUGGAGAGGCUGGUGAUAUUGACCACCUAGCUGCAACCUUUCUUACGGCCCACAACAUUGCGCAUGGAAUCAAUUUGAGAAAAUCUCCUGUUCUUCAGUAUUUAUAUUAUUUAGCUCAAAUUGGACUGGCAAUGUCUCCUCUCAGCAAUAACUCCCUAUUCUUAGACUACCAUCGAAAUCCUUUUCCAAUGUUCUUCUCACGGGGAUUGAAUGUUUCACUUUCUACCGAUGAUCCACUCCAAAUUCACUUGACAAAGGAACCAUUGGUUGAAGAAUAUAGCAUAGCAGCUUCUGUAUGGAAGCUGAGUGCAUGUGAUUUGUGUGAGAUUGCCCGCAAUUCUGUUUAUCAAUCAGGUUUUUCACAUGCAUUGAAGUCACAUUGGAUAGGUCAGGAGUACUAUAAGAGGGGGCCAGAUGGAAAUGAUAUUCAAAAAACAAAUGUUCCACAUAUACGGUUGGAAUUCCGAGACAUGAUUUGGAGAGAUGAGAUGCAACAGGUUUAUCUGGGCAAAGCCGUCAUUCCUGAAGUAGUGGACAGAUAGAUAAUAUGCCAGAGGCACAUAGCAUUUGUAUUUGGCUCUUUCUCACUUGCUCCAUAGAAUGAUUGAACCUGUUGCCCUUAGCCCACAUUACCCACCCAGCAAUCCAGCAUAAGGUUUUAGGCUUUUGGCACGCACAAACUUAGGCCGAAGGCAUUUUGGUUCGAAGAGUUUGGACCUGAGACAGAGUAUAUAUGUAUCCCACAUGAUGUCCUAGCUGCGCCAUGGAUCAAAUCAAUUUGGUGCUGUAAAAGUGCUUUUUCUUUUGUUCCUUUGGGGGCUAGAGUGAAAAGAGUGGGGUUGCCAAUAAUUGCAGGUGCAUUGAUCAGUGAUGCUUGUUGCAGUUAGUAAUAUAUGUGACAUAACAUACGCAGUUGAAAGAGAGGCAUCCAGUCUCAAAUUUUGAUUCCAAUUUGUUUAUAGGGUGUUUUUUCA